UCUUUGUACUAAAAACCGAAAAAAAAAAAAAACCAGUCUUCUUUCUCUUUCAGUAAUUAUCAACAAUUUUUUUUUUUUGUCAUUAUGUGUCUCCUAACACAACAACUCCCACCAUAUUGCAGAAACAAGCUAGCCAGUGCUCACAUAGCUAAUGUGAAUCGAAUAUUUAAACAAAGCAAUUCUAAAAGCACACACAGAACUUCGUCAUCACUUACGACACCGUACCAUAUAUCUCUUUAAAGUUUAAUCUGAUAUAUAUAAUAUUUAUAUAUUUAUGUAUAAAUACUACAUUCAUCCUCUUAAUCCUCAGUCCUCACCACCACACUCUUCUCUUACUAUUCCACUCUCUCUCUCUGCUGCUGCUACUUCAAUGGAACCCAAUGGCACCAUCCUCUUCACCACUGUAGGAAGGCCUGAAUACGGCUUCGAUAUCUUCACUGUCAAGCUCCAAUCUCAUCAACUCACUGGCCCAGAACGCCGCCUCACCGACGGCCACUCCGUCAACUUCAACGCUCAAUUCCUCGACGAAGAAGACGAUACCAACACCAUCGUUUUUGUAUCCGAGAGAACAGGUUCCCCUCGAAUCUACCUCACUCGUCCGGGACUUCCUCACCCCAGACCAUUGCCUUUCGUCUCCGAUAGCCUCUUCCAUGACCGACCUAUUAUCAAGAAAGAUAGGCUUUACUUCAUAUCUGCUCAUGAAAAGCCUGAAUCCGUUUUUAAAAGCUGGUCCGCUUUAUACUCUGCUUCUCUGGUUCAAGAUAAGGGUGAAAUUACCAGAUUGACCCCGUACGGAUGUGUGGAUUACAGCCCUGCUGUUUCCAGCUCUGGUAAAUUCGUCGCCGUUGCUUCGUAUGGAUCCCGCACUUGGGGCGGCGAGUUUAAUGAGCUCAACACUGAUAUUGUUGUAUUCGAUUCAUCCGAUCAUAAAAACAGAGUAGUCGUUUCUGAACGAGGUGGUUGGCCUUCUUGGUCCGGUGAUUCCGCCAUUUACUUUCAUCGUAAAGCCGAUGAUGGUUGGUGGAGCAUUUUCAGAGUUGAUUUUCUAGAAAAUCUCGCUUCGACUACGGAGUUUCCAAUCGCUCCGAUUCGAGUCACGCCAUCCGGUCUCCACUGCUUUACUCCAGCAGCUAUGCACGACAGCGGAAAAGUUGCCGUAGCUACACGACGGCGCAGCACUAAAUUCCGCCACAUUGAGAUCUUCGAUGUGGAGUCAAAGACUUUUACUCCGAUUACCGAGACACUCAACCCGAAUAUCCACCAUUACAACCCUUUCGUCUCGCCGGACUCUCAAUCUCUCGGAUACCACCGGUUUCGAGGUCAGUCGUGUGCAAACGGCGUUUCAAAGAUUCCGCGCUUGGAUCAGGUGACGUCCGCGGUGAAAGAACUCCGAAUGUUGAGAGUUAACGGUUCGUUUCCCUCCGUCUCACCUGACGGUGAUCUCGUCGCAAUCAACCACGAGUUUAACGAUAACGGCGGUGGCCUUUCGAUCGUUAAAAUGGACGGUUCAAAACGUUGGACAUUACUCAAAGGGCGUACAGUAUUCUACAAUUCGUGGAGUCCAGCUGAGAAGAAUGUCAUAUACACUUCUAUUGGACCAGUCUUUCAGUCAGCGAAAGUAACGGUCCAGAUUGCACGAAUCACAUUUGAUCUUUCAGAUCUUUACGGUGAUUAUCGUGAACACACAAUCAUCCCCUGCGAUUUGAAAGUCCUCACCGAAGAACACACAGGGAACAACGCUUUCCCUUCUUGCUCCCCUGACGGAAAAUCCGUCGUCUUUCGUUCCGGCCGUUCUGGCCAUAAGAAUCUCUACAUCGUAGACGCGGUUAACGGUGAGUUUGAAGGUGGUAUACGACAGUUAACAGACGGUCCAUGGAUUGACACCAUGCCUAGCUGGUCCCCUAAAGGCGACCUCAUUGCUUUCUCAUCUAAUAGACACAAUCCCAGUGACGUAUCUACAUUCAGCAUAUACGUCAUCAAACCAGACGGGUCCGAGCUGAGGAGGAUCCACGUGGCAGGGCCUGAAGGAUCUAGUGAGGUGGACAAGGAGAGGAUAAACCACGUGUGCUUUAGCGAGAGCGGCGAAUGGCUGUUGUUCGCGGCUAACUUGAGCGGCGUGACGGCGGAGCCGGUGUCGUGGCCUAAUCAAUUUCAGCCGUACGGAGACUUGUUCGUGAUGAGGUUGGAUGGUAGUGGGUUGAAGAGGCUGACGUGUAGUGGCUAUGAAAAUGGGACGCCUACGUGGAUUUCUGGUGUUGACGUGGCAACGAGAGGUCUUAACGUUGGAGUUAAUGAUGAGGACCAAGUUGGGGAUGAGCUUAGGGGUGAAUUUGACGAGCCUCUUUGGAUAACUUGUGAGAUAUAAAGAUGGAUAAGAUGGCAUAUAACCACUUAGGUGGCAUUACAAAAUAAAAGGAGAACUCCCAUAAAUGCAAAGGGACAUAUGUUUUGCUUUCUUUAGUCAAUUUUCUUAUUCCAACCCAGUCCCUCCAAUAAAUAAGUGUCAUAUGUUUUGCUUUCUUUAGUCAAUUAAUUAUCUUUCGGUCACUUCUAUUCUUGUUAGCUCUAUUUCUCCAUAAUAAUCACCUCGUAUAAUUAAAAGGAGGAGUGUUAAUUAUCAUCUUUUUAUUAUAAUUUUUUAAUCAAUUUUCAUGCUCGAAA